AUGUCCGGUGCGACCGGCACCACUCCAGCACCUAAGAAACCUCGACCUAGACUCUCCUCACAUCCUCUUCCACCUCACACUGCUCCUCCUCUUCCCAUUCCUCACUCUGCAGGUCCUCAUCAUGGUCCUCGUCCUUCUUCCGCCAUGGGAUUCGAUUCGUCAGACAAUACGAAAACCCGAACUUAUGCAGCAUGUAAAAGCUGUCGAGUAAAAAAGAUCAAAUGUCUUCCUGGUCCAGCUACGAAUACCAUGGGAAUCGAGGGUGGACCAGGGUUUGGGCCUUGUUCUCAAUGUCUACAAAGUGGAGGGGAAUGCAUAUACCCCCCUACGAGAGAUAGAGCGGCGUAUAGUAGACAAUACGUUCAAAAUCUUGAAACUAGAGUACAAGCUCUUGAGAAUCUUGGUGGAAGACUUGGACCUCUUGUGGAAGCAUAUGAAAGAGGACAUCUGUCUCAAUCUCCCCAUCCACAGAAUCAUUCAAACCUUGUGAAUACUAUCAACCGUACGAACAACUUCGAUCAUACGAACUCGAUAGACAGGUUGGAAGGAGAAGACGGAAAACCGAUGUUAGACGAUAUGAAUGGUCUAGCUUCAGACGAAGGGGAUGGGGAAGAUGGAGAGUUAACACAAGAUGAAAGAGGAAAUUAUCGUUGGAUAGGUUCUUCCAAUACUUUAUCCCUGUUGGGAUCAUUCCAUCCAAACCCACUUUCGCCAAGAGGAAUGAAUAUCAACAGACCAGGAUCUACAAUAUCUCAUAAGACACAUAAAUCUCUACCACAUGAUUUGGCAUCACCAUUGGAACAUACGGACGAAGAGACGAACCCUCUUUUCGGUCCGGUGGCAGGGGCAGGAGUGGUGGUAGCUUUGCCGAGCGUAGAUGAAGUUCAGUAUCCCCUGCCGGAAGAAGGAGAGAAGAUGGUAAAUGCAUUCUUCAGGGAGGUACAUCCGGUUUUACCGGUCGUGUUGGAACAUGUUUUCAGGGAAGAAUAUGAGGGUCUGAUGAGACGGAGAAGAGAGGGUGUCCCAGAGUUUUCUGACAGAGGGUUCGUAUCGGUAGUCUUUGCCAUAUUCUCUUUAGGCGAUAGAGUCCUCCGAGCCAACGCCGCUUGGCAGAGAGAGAAAGCCAAGCUUUCCGAGACGAGAAGGCCCAAUUCAGUCGAGGGGAAUACGUUACCUGGUGAAGCCGAAGCUGGUGUUAUAUGGUAUGAACGUGCCCAGAUACUUCAUUAUACAUCGCUCAAAGACGUCACCAUCCAUCAAGUACAAUGUCUCACCCUGAUGGCGGCAUUCCAGGCCAGUGUCAAUGCCAUGCCCAUGUCAUGGUUGCUCGCCGGUCAGGCCAUGAGGGUCGCUCAGGACUUGGGCUUACAUCGCUCGAUGGUACGCUCUACACUGAGUUUUGAAGAAAAGCAAAUACGCUCUAGGUGUUGGUGGGCUAUCUAUGGACUUGACCGUAUGGUCUCAAUAGCUCUCGGUCGUCCGCUCGGAGUCGAUGACCUCGAUAUCGAUGUUCCUUACCCUUCCGAACUUGACGACGCUGCACUGGACCGACUCAACACCCAACAUCUCUCUUCGCCGGCUCAUGUCGAAGAACCCGAAGAUGGGGUGAUGAGUGGUUUCAUCGCAUUGACCAAGCUUUGUAAGAUCGCCGGUAAAGUUGCACAAGUUUUGUAUCGUCCGUCGAAUGGGAGAUCUAUCGUGGAUCCUUCUUGGGCGGCUAGCCAGCAGGCUAGUAUCAACAAGCUGGACAAGCAGAUAAGGGAUUGGUUGGGACAUGAUGUGCCCGCCAAAUACAAAGAACCCUCUUCCUCCUCCCCUACAGUUCAAAUCGUCUCAGCUGUCCUGUCCAAUUCGUAUUUCGCAGUUCUCAUUACUCUUCAUCGUAAUUUCCUCCCUCCCAAUCCGGCCUUUCCACGUCCCGCUCCUCCACCUUCUUCCCUUUCCAUCUCUCAUUGUGUCGAAGCAGCACGUUCAUUCAUUCACGUCGCUGCUCAAGCUCGUGUCGUCGUUCCCCCUUCUCACCACCUAGCUCUCUUCUGUCAAUUCCUCUGGUCAUCAGCUGUUAUCCUGUUAUUGUGUGAAGUUCAAGCUCGUGACCAAAUGAUCUUCGAUGCGGUCGACGGACAUGUGGAAUCUGCCCGACGAUGUUUGUUAGCUUUGGAACCGGUUUGGCCUGGGAGUAAAAAGUUGAGAGAAUUAUUAGGUGAUGUGGAACAAAGAGCGAAAGAAGUAGUAGUUGGUAAAACCGCUCCUGGACCAAAAUCAUCACCUCUAAAUCCAACCAAUCUCAAUUCAAAUUCCGUAAACAAACCAAAUUCAAAAUCAAAGUCAAACUCAAAGUCAGAAACGGAACAAGAUCAAACACAAACACAAACGCAACCACAUCAACCUCAACCACAAUAUCCUAAUCGAAAUCAAAUUUUACUUCCACCUCCUCAAUCAAACACUAGUCGUAAACGUAAAUCUUCCUCUCCAAAUUCAAACAUACCCAUCAAACCUGCUUCCGUCCCACCUAAAUCACAUCAUCCAACUUCAACCGAAUGGAAUUCCAGAGAUAAAAGACUUAAACUUGAUCAUUCUCAAAGAUACGCAACUUCUGAUACACGUUUUGAUCUUCAAGAUGUGGCUUUUGAUGGUUUGAAUCUAUUACAAGGUUUCGCAGGUGAUACAGCUUCACUUUGGUCUGCUAUGAACAAUAAUUUCAUAAGGGAAACGGGUAUGACACCUGCUUCUGCUUAUUUUCAAAGUACUCAAACUACACCGACUAGUGUGACGGCAGGACAAGGACAAGGACAGGGACAGGGACAGGGUGUUUCACCACAAGGUCAAAAUCAAUCGUGGUAUUUUGGUUCUGGUGGGAAUAACGUGGAAUCAUCUAAUACUCAAGGGGUAAGUGGUGGAGGAGGAGGAGGAGGAGGUGGUGGUGGUGGUGGUAGAGGAACUGGAGGCACUGGAGGAACGAAUGUCGGUUCACAACCAAUGGGAAUAGGACAAAUGUGGAAUCAAAUAGCAGGUGGUAGUUUUGAUUGGCAAGCUGAUCCAAGUGUCCCAUUCAACAUUUAA